AUGGAGAUCUCAGAUAGCGCGGGCUCCCCCUCUGGGCUGCUGCGGUAUUACACGGAGAUCUCAGAUAGCGCGGGCUCCCCCUCUGGGCUGCUGCGGUAUUACACGGAGAUCUCAGAUAGCGCGGGCUCCCCCUCUGGGCUGCUGCGGUAUUACACGGAGAUCUCAGAUAGCGCGGGCUCCCCCUCUGGGCUGCUGCCGUAUUACAUGGAGAUCUGA